AUGAUCGAAUCCUCCGACGUGGCGCCGUCGAGUCUGGCUGAACUGGGCGAGAGCUCGCUGCUGGACCAGCUGCAUGACCUGCACCAGCGCCUCGCAGCCGUGCGCCAAAACUCGCAGCGCUACAACUCGCUCGCGCGCAACUUGGGGCCCAUCCCCAUGGCCAACGACAGCAACAAGAUCAUUGUAUGCUCGCUGCGUCGCUGUGUGCGCAUGCACAAGACGGAUCAAGGAGACGGCUGGCACUACGAGGCGUCUGCCACGGGGCUCAAGAGCGCGAUCGACUACCUGGGACAAGGCAACGCCGUGCACUGGGUGUCGUGGCCAGGUGUGGCCGUGGACGAAUCGAGCCAGGACGGCGUGCGUCGACGGCUGGCGGACUCGCAGUGCCACCCUGUGUUCCUGAGCCACGAGACAAUUGACUUGUACUACAACCAGUUCUGUAACGUGGUGCUCUGGCCGCUAUUCCACUCGUUGCCGCAGCGAUCGGACAGCAGAUUGCUCGAGAACUUUGGCGACAAGUACGACGCCUACUGCUCGGCCAACCAAAAGUUCCUCGAGGUUGUGUCGGAGAUCUACAAGGACGGAGACCUGGUGCUCGUGUGCGACUACCAGCUCAUGGCGCUUCCUGGACUACUGCGUCGCCGCUUCCCGGAAGUCACGUGCGGCUUUUACUUUCAUUGUCCCUUUCCGUCCUCUGAGUUCUUUCAGAUGCUGCCUGUGCGCGAAGUGCUCCUGCACGGCGUCCUGGGUGCUGACCUGGUUGUUUUCAACCAUUUUGACUACGUGCGCCACUUCCUGAACGUCUGCACGCGCAUGCUCGGACUAGAGUCAUCGCCCAGUCGCGUUGAGUACAACGGACGCCUCAUCUCGCUCGGCAUUUGUCCCAUGGGUAUCGAUCCAAUCAAGUACGCACUGACGCCCAAGGUGGAAGCUCAGGUGGAGAUGCUCAAGCAGCAGCAAGAUGGUCUGAAGAUUAUUGUCGGUGUGCACAAACUCGACUUUUGCAAGGGCAUCCCAGAAAUGCUCGAGGCGAUGGAGUACUUGUUGCAGCAUUACCCAGAGUACCGUGGCAAAGUGGUGCUUUACGCCGUGGUGCGCGAUGCUGGACGCACAGCAUCCCUACAGUACCGAAUGCUCAGCCGCCAAAUCAGCGAACUCGUUGGUCGUGUCAACGGUCGCUUUGGCACAGCUGAGUAUUGCCCCGUGCGCUAUCUAAAGCAGUCUAUCGACCACGACCAGCUCGUGGCAUUGUACAACUGCGCCGACGUAGCCAUUGUGAGCAGCAUCAAGGAAGGCAUCAACUUGCAGGCGAUGGAAUUCAUCGCUGCCCAGAAGAAAAGCUGCCGCGGGGUGCUCGUCUACAGCGAAUUCGCGGGAUGUGCCUCGUCUUUCCAGGGUGCGUUGUUGGUAAACCCGAUGCAUAUUGAGCAAGUUGCUGCAAGCGUGGAUACAGCACUUCGCAUGAGUACGACCACGAAACGUAUCCGACACCACCAGUUGUCGCGCUAUGUGUUCACGUACACAUCGACGCUAUGGGCUCAGCGAAUCAUGUCGGCUCUGAACGAGGCUGCUGCCACCGCGCAAGAAUACAAUCGACUUGACAAGUUGGAUACGGCGCAACUGCUCGGGUACUACGAACGAAGCCAGCGUCGUUUGUUUUUGCUGGAUUAUGAUGGCACGCUCGUGAAUUACCAGAGCAUGGAGGAACUUGCUGAGCCUUCGCCGGCUCUGCUUUCGUGUCUGGAAGAUCUGACUGCGGAUCCACGCAAUACGGUGUACAUUAUCUGCGGAAGAAACAAGAACCGUCUGCAGGAAUGGUUUGGCUCUUUACCGCGCGUGGGCUUGGCGGCAGAGCAUGGUUAUUGGUUCCGCCCGGCCUCUAGGCACCCAUCUACGCUCGAUGUAGAUGGAACCGGUGGUAUGUUGACCUCCGCUACUGCUGCCCUGACGGGUACGAGUAGCGCGGAAUCGCCGCACGGAGCAGAAUCAGCGCCAGUCGGGCUUGUUGCGAAAGACGAACUGCUGGCCAAUUCACCGUUACCCACGACGAUGGUGAACGGAAACGAGAGCGCAGUGUUUGAAAGUGCUCCGUGGCAGUGCAUGUUCAGUGACGUGGAGCUAGGGUGGCGCGACGAGGUGGAGAGCAUACUGGAGCACUUCACAGAGCGGACCCCCGGCUCGUUGCUGGACGUGAAGGAUUGCUGCUAUACGUGGCACUUUCGGGACGCUGACCUCACUUUCGGCCUGAAGCAGGCAAAGGAUAUGCAGCUUCAUUUCGAUCAGAUGUUGCGUGAUUUGCCGGUUGGUGUGGUGAUGUGUCAAAUCAAGAAGUACGUGAUGAUCCGACCGUGGCGCGUGAACAAAGGCCGAGCUGUGAGCCGCAUUCUGGAGUACGAGAGUGAGACGCCCUACUUUACAGCGCUGGAUUUUGAUUUCAUUCUCGCGCUAGGCGACGAGCGUACGGACGAAGACAUGUUUGACGUCGUCCAGGGCAGCAACUGCUACACGUGCACAGUGGGCAUGAAAGUCAGUCGUGCGCAGUAUUACCUGGACGAUCCGGAUGAAGUUCUGCGCGUGCUGACCGCCUGCACCAGCUUGCCUGGCGCUGAACGGCAGCCACUGUAG